AUGAGCGACGACGGCAUCAUGGCCUCCCCUGUGGUGGAGCCGCCCAAGCAGGAGCAAAAUUUUCUAGUGAGGGUAGGGAUGGACGCCUGGACGCAGCCGUUCGCGGUUGCCCACAAGGUCAGGUUGGUGCACAUCCUCAAGAAUCUCCACACCUCGGAGGUCAAAAUCUACUCAGACGCGUCCAAGGAGUUCAUAGGACUACUGGAUGGUGAGUCCGGCGGGGAGGUGCUACAGGAGUACGUGCAGCAGUCGCCGCAGCUCAGGGAGCUGAUCGAGGCGUGGUGGCUCCACCGAGAGAAGCCAGGGAUGGCGUACAUACUUUCCCUCUUUGCGGCCGUCCUGGGCCACCCUGAUGGUAAGCUGCGGCGACAUGGUUCGGUUAAGAAGAGCUUGGACAGUGUCGCUAGGAUGAUACUGGAGGAUAAGGAGAAGAUGGGGAUGUAUCUGGAGCUGAACAGUGGCGAGUUCCGACGGCAGAAUGCCGCGCUGGAUUUGCUUGCUGCAAUUGUCAGGCGUGGAGGGGGUUUGGCGUCGGAGGUAGCUGAGAGAUUUGAUUUCAAGAUGGCUAUUUUGUCGCAGCUCGCUGGGACGAUGAAGAAGAAAGGGAGCAGGGAUGGAGGGAAUCGGCGGAAGGGUGCUGAAUUUGGGUCCACAAGGCGGUCAUUUAUUGGGUUUGCCAUGUCGUUUUUGGAGGUUGGGAAUCCAAGGCUGCUAAGAUGGAUCCUUCAACAGAAGGAGGUAUAUUCAGGAGUUCUUCGUGGGAUUGGAAAUGAUGAUGCUGAGACCGUCAUGUACGUCCUCUCAACACUGCGAGACAAUGUCCUGGUAGAUGAGUCACUUGUCCCACCAGGGCUCAGGAGUGUCCUCUUUGGAAGUGUCACAUUGGAGCAGCUGAGCUUGAUCUCAGGGAAUCUUGAUGCAGGGGAAGCAGCUGACAUUGCUCAUGAGGUAUUGGUCAUGGUGUGCACUGAUCCGAAAAAUGGAUUGAUGCCAGGAUCAAACUUGAGAGGUAAUGAGAAACGCUUGCUAGAUCUCAUGAAAAAGUUGAAAGCUACUGAGGUUGCUCACCACAAAAAAUUGUUGCUGGCCAUUGUGAGUAAUAGGCUGUCUCUUUGUUCGGCGUACAUGAAUGAGUUUCCUUACAAUAUUGAACCACGGUCGUCUCCUUCAUGGUUUUCAGCCAUCUCCCUUGCAGCUGAUGUCAUAGCUUCAGCAAAAUGUGAUAGCAUUGUUCAAACUCUUUCAUCCAAUUCACAUGGUCUGGUAUCUGUAGAUGAUGAAGAAGUUCAGGUAGUCUUGAAGUGCAUCGUGCCCAAUGUAUGCUCUCGAGCAAUGAUAAAUAGGGGAUUGCUGCAUUCUGAUGAUCUUGUGAAGCAUGGUUCUCUGAGGCUUGUUUUUGAAUCAGUUAACCUGCUUUGUUAUAUUAUCGAAGCCAUCAAUUGCAUGGUAUCAGAAGGGAGACUGAAGUCAGAAUUCAUUGGCUCAGAGAAAGUAACCAUGAAAAUAGAUGAUUUCCCAGUAUUAAGCUGUUCUGAUGGUACAGAUGCAUCCUUAGUUGAUGAGGUUCACCAGGGAGAUGAAAUGCAGGUCAAGAGGUGGACAUCUCUAAGAGAAUACAUCCAAGAUGAAGUUCAUGGAGCUAUGCCUGAUCCUCAAGUCCUUCUCAAGUUACUCUCUUCUACCAGCCAGAAACAUCAAAAUCACUCUCAGAGCAUACGAAAGAAAAAUGCUCAACUUUCUGAGCCUCCUCAAAAGAAACGAAGAUGCAGUCCUUCCUGUGAGGUUGAUGAUAUUAUUAUUGGUGGCAUUGAUGUUGAGCAGGAUAAGGACGCAUCUGAAGAACAAGACCUGGACUUAAAAAAUGACCGCACAACCUCCUUGUGUGAGAUAUGGAGCUUAGAUAAACAAGAUCCGAAGCUGAAAGAUGCAAAUGUUGUAGAACAUGUCUUCCACUCGAAGUUGCUGGAUGUUCUCAGGCUUUAUUUGGGGGUGAUGCCCAGCUCUUUUGAUGGAUCAUAUGACUUCUUUAAGAUUAUACCACCUAACCCAUUGGAUCUGUCCUUGGAUGAGCAGCAAUCCCUGUUAUCUCUUUUACUUGAGUAUUCAGGCCAAUCUAGAGGAUAUUUGGACCCAGAAAGAGCUCCAGAAUCAAUGUACAAGUAUCUGCAACCCAUGGUUUAUAUCAUGUUGCAUUCACAGAUUAAGAACAUCCGUGAUCAAGCAUAUAUUUUAGUUAAAGCUGCUAUGGCAAGUUCUGGUGCAUUUGAUCAUAACUUCACAGAGAUUGAUGCAUGGUUGGUUUUCUUGCCUGGUUAUGAGUCCAAAUGGUGUGUAAGAGAGAACCUAAGAGUUGGAGCACCUAAUAAAUUAUCACACAUUGUGAUCCCUUUUCUGUGUGAUGCUAUUUCGGUAGUUGGUAACAACCUAUAUAAAUACCAAGAGCACACACGCAAGCUUAUCUCUAAAUCAGGCCAGUUGGAAGGCUGUUCUCCAGCUUUCAGCCCUCUGAUUAUUUGUGUUCUUCAGAAAUGCCUUAGGCUACUCGACAUAGAGUCUGGAAGUACAAAGUUACACGAGAAGUCCACAAUUUCAUUGUAUGUGUGCAACACGAUCCACCUUAUUCUUCAGUCUCAGGUGGACGUGCAUUUAUUGCCCGAUCUUAUACGUACUGUUCUAAAUGAAAGAUUUGAUAAAUUUUCAUCCCAAGAACUGAACUCUAGGAUUUAUCUUGCUGAGUGGAGGCCAUUAACAAAUAUGCUGCAUUUCUUGAGGAGAAUUUCUGACCAACAAAAUUAUAGCCUGUUCAACAUGCCGGAACAUUCUCCUGAGUUUGAUGGUAACUCGUUGUGCUCUGUAUCUAGACAGGUUGAAGAAAUGUUGAAUCAAGAGCAAACUAAUUCGCUGGAUGAUGUAGCAACUGCAUUCUUAUUUUCAAUCAUAUGUGCACCUCCAAAAGAUGUUAUCAGUGCCUUUCCAGAUCUUCUUGAUGUUGUGAAAACACGUUUUCCAUCUCAUGUUGCUUUCUUGUCCUCGGUUCUUUUUCUGCAACAUGAUUAUCUGGCUAAAGUUGCUAGUUGUUGGCCAGAUAUAUUCUUCAGCAGCAUCAGACUGUUCAAGGAUGAUAUCAGUGUUGACCAUGUAAACACAGUUGAGGACGAAUGGCAGAACCUCUCUGUUUCAACAGAAUCAGCUCCGCUAAGUACAUUUUUAAGUGUCAGUCCCUUCUGUGCGCUUUUACCUUCAGUAUUGUGCCUUGCAUUUUCUUCGCCAGAUGAAAUCAGGGAAGCACAUAAGGAUGCACUUCUAAGACUUCUUGAAGUUAAAUUGUCUGAUUGCACAUUCAGUGAGCUUACCUUGUAUCUGAGAGUCAUCUUGUUCUGGACUCAUCACCUACUGUCAUCAUAUACUAUUAAGGAUUCAAAUUCAAAUAAUCUUGAGCAACCAUGCCAUUUGUGCUUUGGUCUUCUUGAUAGAGUAUUCGAGCGUAUUCAAGUUUUGACUGCUGACCUUUCACAGUCAAAAUCUAUAUACCCAUCCUAUCCAGUUCAAUGUAUCCAAGACAUUGUUGAUUCUGUUCUUCGGCAUCCUGUUAUUACCCUGUCUUUGUCAUGCUCUUUAUCCAAUUGCCAAAAUUUAGCAGAUGGGAGUUUGGAACAUCUGGAAGAAGCUUUGGCUAUUUUUGCGAAGGAAAAUCUGCACCUUAUAGAUCGUUUUGUUCUAAACCUUUUGGGUAAAUUGUAUGACCUUUUGCUAAUGUUUGGUAGCUAUGGAGGUAACUACUCUUCCGAUAAUGGCCCAUCCCAUGAGUCACUGUUUGCUGCUCCAAAUCUUCUGCUGGAGAACAUAAUAUUGCUGUUCAAGGAGAAGUUUGAGCUCUGCAUGGACAAAGUAAACUUUGGAUUGCUUUUGCCAAAUUUCUACAUGAGAUCAGAAUCCCAUCUAUUUCGGGACUUGGAGAUUCAUAAUUCUGAUAUCAAUGCCAUUCAGCAAGCCUAUCACAUCAUUCUUCAUUUUGCUACCAAAUGGAAUAUUGAAUUUGCUGAUCAUUGCUUGCUGAAGAUGCUGUGUCGUAUUCAUCACACAGAAAGAUGUGCAGGAUGGAACACUGACUAUAUUGCAUUCCAUAUGAUAUUAUCUACAAUGGCCAUCAAUACUCCCAUUGACAUUCUUCAUCACUGCAUCUUUCGCACAUCUAAGGUUAAAGCAAAAGCAAUCCUGUUGCUUUUGGAAGCAAGUCCUAUGCAUCUGAACCUUUUUAGCCAGAUAUUCUUGGAAAUUUUAAAUAAAGACACUUCUCUUUUGCAAGUCAAGGAUUCUGAUUCUAACACUUUGGCUCAAGAAGAUGGUGCUAUACUUCUGUUGCCUGCUGCUUUAUCAUGCUUGAAGUUUCACAGCCAUGACAAUAGGCAGUGUGCUGAAUUCCUUGAACCAGUUCCAAUCUUUUAUUCUGAACUACUAUUAUGUGAUAAAGGGUUUUCAAGUUGGAAAAGCUUUGUUACCCGGAGCAUUUUUGAGGAAGAUUUUAUGGACUUUAUACCCACAUCAGUUGAAGAUAUAAUGGUUUAUUUCAGUAACACUCUCUUGGGGAAGUCAGUUACGAUGUUGCACUACUACUUUGCAUCGAAAGAAAUUUCAUGGAAACAACGCUUGGAAAUAGUUAGUUCAAUUAUUCCAGAGUCAUCUGAGCUAUUAGAUUCUGAUGAUGUUAAUGAUAUUAAUCCCACUUCGUGCAAUGGCAUUAUGAAGUUUACUAAUGAAUUGUUCGCGAAGGUAUCACUAAUUAGACUGUUAUUAUCUCCUAGAAAAUCAUUGUCCAAUGAAGUAGCUUCAGAGAGGGAGUCCAAGAGAGUGCACAAAGCAAAGCUAAAUUUCAUUAGCAUAUUGGUCAGAACUAUCGAUAGAAUACUCAUGAAUUUCCCAUCGAGUGACAAUAUCUUCUCACACUCUACCAAGGAAAGAAAGGUCAUCUGUUUUCUGGAAUAUGUAAUUCUCAAGAAUAUCAUUGAACUGUCUUCAGAGAUUCAAAGCUAUCUAAAUCAGCUGAAAUCAGUACCUUUCCUUGCCCAAUUCAUCAGAUCAUCCCUCUUGCAUAGAUUCAAUGAUCCUGUCACAAUAAAAGCAAUUCGAUGUAUUCUUGUUGUGCUAUCACAAGGAAAGUUCUCAGCUGAUGAAAUUAUUGAACUUAUACUGGGUCACUCCAAUUUUGUAUCGACAAUAACAUGCAAUGAAGUUUCUGAGUAUACAUCUGCUUGUAACACCACAGGGGGGAUGCUACAGCCAGCUCCAAGUAUUUUGAAAUUAGUUGAUUCUUCUUUCAUGGAAGAAAAUAAGACAGAAAUUUCUAUUGCAGAAAAGAGAAGAGUUGAAACCAUCAGAUUACUAAGGGUACUGUAUGAUAUUAAGAGCAGACAACAGAAUAAUAGCCAAUUGAGUGAGUCAAGAGAAUUAGUUUUCUUGCUUUUGUCUGUUUAUGGCGCAACCCUUAGUGACACAGAUUUGGAGAUACUUCACCUUAUGAAUGAGAUAGAGUCACCCGAGUGCCGAACCAUUACUGAAGUCGAUCAUCUGUGGGGAACUUCUGCUCUGAAAUUCAGAGAAGAACUGAAACUAGAUUUUUCAAAAUCAGAUACGCAUAACACAGAGAAUGCUGAAAUUACUGAAAGGAGAAGGGCGCUCUUUCGGGAGAACAUACCUGUUGAUUCCAAGCUCUGUGCAAAGACAUCUUUGCUAUAUUGCUAUAAAAGAUCUUCAAGGGCUUCUGUUUUCUCACUGGAACAGCUUCAACGGGAUAGCUUUGCUGAUAGUUUCAAGGUAACAUCUCAAAGAAUGGAUGUUGUUCAGAUUUACGAUCCUAUUUUUAUAUUGCGAUUCUCAAUUCAUACUCUUCACAUGGGUUACAUUGAGCCUGCUGAAUUUGCCCGACUAGGGCUUCUUGCAAUCACACUUGUUAGUAUAGCAUCUCCUGAUCAUGAAUUAAGGAUGUUGGGCUAUGAGUGCCUAGGAACAUUCAAAAAAUCCCUUGAGUAUGCUCAGAGAAGCAAGGAAACAUGGCAGCUUCAGCUCCUUCUGACAUACCUUCAGAAUGGGAUAUCCGAACAGUGGCAGAAGAUACCUUCCAUUAUUGCUGUUUUUGCUGCAGAAGCAUCUUUGACGCUACUGGAUGGCUCACACGCUCAAUUUACUGUCAUUAGAAAUUUUUUAAUGCAUUCCACUUCUGUCAGUCUGCAGAGCAUUCCGUUAUUUCCAACCUUAUUGCAGAGCAGUUCUGUGCAUUUUAAAGCUGAACGUUUGUGGAUGCUUCGGUUAUUAUCUGCUGGAUCAAAUCUAGCUGAUGAUGCUAAAAUAUACAAGAGAGGAAGAGUCUUAGAGCUUGUUCUUGCCUUCUGUUCUUCACCUGUUUCAGAUUUUGAAUCGAAGGUUUUAGUCCUUAAGGUGCUGAAGAAAUGUGUCAAGCUGCCAGUUCUAGCUCAUCAUCUAGUAAAAGAGUCUGGCAUUCUGUUGUGGUUAUUGUCUGUUAUUUCAGUCCGUAGUGAAGGGUCUGAUGGUUCUGAAAGCUCCUGGUCUAGAGUAACUGAGUUAGCAUUGGAGGUAGUCAAUGGUUUGAUAUCAUCAAGAUUAAUCACAGAUUGGCUCCAAGAAACUGCCCUUGAGCAGCUCUCGGCAAUAUCAUCAUACCUUUUUGUCCUCCUAAUUAACAAUGCCAAAUUAUUGAAAGGAAAUGCUUGCUUGUUGACUUCAGUGCUAAGUGUGAUUACAUCAACAAUGAGGUUGUCUAUGAAAAGGAAGAUAUACCAACCGCAUUUUACCUUGUCCCUCCAUGGUGUAUUUAAUCUGUGCCAAGCUAUUGGUGGUAGCUCAAGAAGUACAGAGCAUAAGCUUGCAAUGGAACUUUGUAUCGAUGCAAUUCUGAUGAAUGGUCCUAUACCAAUUUUAUCUGAAAUGGAUAAGUCAAGAAUUUCAAUGGUUGUUUCUUGGGCAACUUCAAGCAUCUUCUGGCUGUACUCCAACCAAAGAUCUCUGUUGGAAAUAUCCUGCAAAGAGCCACCAAGAAAUGAUUCUCUACUUUCGAAGAUUUUGCGCUUGUUAGCUGCUUCUGUAAUACUUGGAAAGAUAUCUAGCAUCUCUCAUGGAAAGAGUGUAGAUCUUGCACGGAGCACCAGAAGUCUUGAAACUCUUAGGUCUUUCUUGGACGAUGCAUGUGAAAGGGUUGAAACGGCAACGAGUUGCAGUGCAAAUGAUACUCUAGCUGUCAUUAUACUGUACCUUCAAGACCAUGUGGCAAAGAACAGUGAUUCCUUGCCAUCAGUUGUUACAGCCCUUUGCUUGUUGCUUCUUGACAGAUCCAGUAAGCAAGUGAACAAACACCUGGCCAACAACCGUGGGAAAAUGGAAAUGCUUUGCUCAAAGAUACACUGCCCGACUGAAUCUAAUCCUGCAUGGAGAUGGCAUUACUAUCAACCCUGGAAGGAUUCUGCUUUGCAGCGCACCGAGAUGGAGCGCCUGGAAGAAGAGCAGGCCUGCCGAAGCCUCCUGGUCCUAUUUUCCAAUGCCUUCAGUUCCUGCCUGUCAGAGUUCCCGGUGUUGUCCCUAGAUGAUGUUGAGAAGUCUGGCCUUUUCCAGUGGGAAAGAGACUCCAUGAUUAAACAGUCUUCCACUUAG